AUGCAUGACCCUCCUUCCGCCCUAUUUAGUGCCUAUUAUUAUACACACAAUCGCGUCAUGUAUAACGGCAUUGUUAUCGCAUUAUUUAUGUGUAUAUAUUAUGCCAAUUUGUCGCGAUGUGAGUUCAGUAAUGAGUCCAUUGUUGAGAGUGUGGUUGAAGUUGGAGACAAAAGGUACAAUGUCACUUGUAUUUGUCCAAAAGGGGUUGAUAGUCUAGAUGAAAUGCUCCAAUUUGAUGAUAUAAAUCAGUGUUUGGCCGUAAAAGUCAAAAUUAGGAAAAAUUCAUAUGUCAUGGAUCAGGUACUUAAGGAUGUUAUUGACAAUUUCGCUAGUAUGCCAAAGGAUAGAUAUGACUAUGUAAAGAAUAGUCAUUUUUCCUCUAUGGAUCCCAGGACAAGGCAUCUUUCUUAUUUCAGCCCAGGAGGAGACCUAGGAGAUUUCAUAAUUCUGCUAUCCAAUAUCAUCAACACUAAGCCAUGGAACGACGAAUCAGUGUCUAAUGUGUUUAAUGCAUAUUUAAGUACAUUGCCGCCCACUAGACAAUUUUACCACUGCACUGAUAUUCAAGCAUCUAAUAAUAUCGCACAAGACUUAGGAUUGGAAUCUAUAGAUCUAACCAAUGUACCCAAGGAAUUUCAAGAUAAAACACUAGAUAGAUUGAUCAAAUCUAAGAAUGUGGGGGAUUUUUUUAUCAAAAAACUAAUAGAUAACCCUCAUAUAUUUGGCAUAUCUACACAUCUGAUCCAUUUGAUAUUGAAAUGUUUUUACAAAUUAUUAUGGGACAAAAAACAUAAUCUUAAUCACAAAUUGCUACUUGAGGUACUUGUUGGGGAGUUUGACCCCAAAUUGUUUGUUGAAGUAUCUUCUAUCAAACAGUGUGAAAUAAGUGGAAUAUUGCCAAAAACUCUCUCCAAAAUAAAAGAUUUUCAAACAAUAGUGUAUUCUGAGUCUGCAUCGCAUUAUCGCAGAAGGGAGAUGGCCAAAUUCGCCAACAGAUACUUCAACGAAAAUUACUCACAGACAAUAGACAAACUAGAUUACCACACUUUCAAGUUAAUUGAUGAAUUUGGCAAGCAAUUAGGUCACAGUCUACCCUUUAUACAACUUACAUUGACAUAA